AUGCUGCGUCAUCUGGUCAACGUGGUGCGGUACGUGUUCCAGGCGAUCCGGAAGAAUAUUAAGCCACUCAUCCUGAUCGUUUCGUUUGUGACGUUCGUGUGGCUUAUAGUGGAUACGGCCCACCGGCCAGAGUUCGUGCGCCACGCGUCAAAGCACUCUUUCCGGUCUGGCAACCGAUCGCUUUACCCGCAUGACAACUGGGACGAGCGGUCUGUUCAGCAGUUCUUUGAUCUACUGGAAAUCGAUUUCAAUACUACUAGCUCCGGCGUGAUGCCUGCGCCCAUCGAGGCGAGCUGCCAAACAGAGGGUUUGCUGCUAUUCACCGCCUUUGCCGGUAGCUCUAAGUUAGAGAACCUGUGGCACUACUUCUCGUUGAUAGCGCUUCAGAACAGUGUAGGAUCGUCAGUGCCCGGGUAUCGUAUGCGUGCAAUGGUGACGCCUACAGCUGCAAAUGAGCUGAAAAAAUUGUUCGCAAGUUCUGCAAUCGAAACCAUCGAUCGGGAUGCGAUUAGGUGCUACAACGUUUCAACGGCAAGCAUUUUAAACAAUAACUCAAGUUUGGAUCUGCCAGUCCACGGGAACCAGCUGUUUAUUCUUAACAACCAAGCAAAACGGUUGCACGAUGUCCUGCAGGUGCGAUGGGACAUGCAAUCGAACUAUUUCAGAUUCCAUACUCGCCACCUGCAAGCGGCUACCAAGCUGUUGCAGGAUCUUCGAAAACGAGCAGUGCUCUACGGAAGCGAAGAUGACGCAAACUCACUGCAGUUUGUAGGCAUCCAUAUUCGCGCGGACGAUGAGCUUCCGUUCGACUACUACGACCGUGCCAUCACCUUCCAACGGACACACGCCACCAGUCUGCUUUCGUUUGUAGUUAUUUGUGAGGAACUGAAGGGUGACAUCUGCAACGGACUGGACGAGUUCGACGAGCGGAUCAACAUCUUCGCUGAGCAUGACGAUACCGGUCUCGACUUUACGUUGAUGGCUCUGUGCAACCACACCAUCUUGUCGAAUGAGAUCGACAUCUUUCCGGCCUUAAUACGCGGUUCCGGCAACACCGUCGUGUAUGGUAUGCCGAGUGAACGCAGCCAAAACGCGAUAGAAUUGGCUAACUAUAUUGAUCGUUGGUAUACUAUCGUUUAG